AUGUCUGAAUUAAAUAAACCGUUUGUGCUGGGGAUCCUCAAGACCACCCUCAUGCUCAGCAAUGCAGUAGGACUCCCAAGACUCAUGCUGUCAAGAGGAAUUGAAAUUGACCUGUCUCCAUUAAAUUCAGACACUGUCUUGAAGGACUUUGGGAACAAGAGAGUUCAGGGAGGUUUUACUGUCAUACCCACAGGAUGCCAGCCAUUGAUCUUUUCUCUUGUGGUCACCCUUUUUUUCUGUCUUUGUGAGGAGAAGUCAGAAGAGGAAAGGAUAGUGACCAGGUGUCUGACAAAUUAUUCUCGGGACCCAGUGACCUUUGAGGAUGUGGCUGUGGAAUUCACCCAGGAGGCGUGGAUUUUGCUGGAUCAAACUCAGAGAAGGCUGUGCAGAGAUGUGAUGCUGGAGAACUACAAGAGUCUGGCUGCAAUAGAUUGGGAGAUUUGUCUUAAUACCAAAUGGUCAGCACCUCAGCAGAAUAUUUUGCAGGGGAAAACACCCAGUGUGGUAGAAAUGGAGAGAAGCCAUACUGGAGAGGAAUUGUUUAAUUUUAACCAUUGGGAAGAAGCCUUGAGUGAACACUCCUGCUUUAAGAUUUACAGAUUACUCACAUUAGAAAAAAACUUGUGAGUGCAACCAGUAUGUAAAAGCCUUCACAAAGAACUCUGCCCUUAAUCUAUACAACAAAACCCAUGAUGGAGAAAAGCCUCCUAAGUGUAAUCAGUGGUGAAACAGUUAGCCAAAAUCCACAUCUGUUCGUGAGAAAACUUACACUCGAAAGAAACCGUAUAAAUGCACGGACUGUGGGAAAGGCAUUCCUUCUUCCUUACACCUUAGAGAAUGUGUAAGAAUUCAUGGUGGAGAAAGGCCACAUACCUUUAAGGAAUGUAGGAAAGCUUUUUCUCAUUCUACAGGCCUUUUUGAGUAUAUGCAAAUGAACAAUAGAAAAAAGUCCUACAAAUCUAAAAAAGUGGGAAAACCUUUAUUUGAUCUUGUCUUAUUCAUCAUUUAAGAACUCAAAGUGAAUUAAUGCCUAUGGAAUGUAAGAAAUUUGAGAAAGCCUUUCCUUGUUCCCUAAAUCUUGCUAAAUGUAUACAGUUUCAUAUGAGAGACACACACUGUGUUUGCAAGGAGUGUAGUAAAGAGUUUACUUGUUUCCCAAAACUUAAUAUUCACAUGUGAGUUCACACUGGAGAAAAAUCAUAUGAGUGUAGUAAAUGUGAGAAAACCUUUACCAAUUCUUCAGGUCUUAUAAACACGAACUCACACUGGAGAGAAGCCUUAUGAAUGUAAGGAAUGUGGGAAAGCCUUUAGUAACUCAUCUUGCUUUAAAAGUCACAUGCAAACUCCCUUGAGUAAAACCCUAUAAUUGUAAGCAGUGUGGGAAAACCUUUAAGAAUUCACAGUAUAGAAAGAACUUUUGAAUGUAAGGAAUAUGGGAAGUCAUUUAGGUAUUCUUUGCACUUUAGUCAACAUAACACAUACUGGAGAAAAGCCAUGUAAAUGUAAAAAGGGUGGGAGAGCCUUCAGUAUUUCAUCAGGCUUUACGGUACACAUGAGAACUCACAGUGCUGGAUGACCUUUUGAAUGUAAGGACUGUGGGAAAGCCUUUACUCGGUUCACAUCUUUUUUUUUUUUUUUUUUUUAAAGAUUUCAUUUAUUAUUUGUUAGAGCACAAGCAGGGGGAGUAGCAGGCAGAGGGAGAAGCAGGCUCCCUGCUAAGCAAGGAGCCAGGUGCGGGACUCGAUCCCAGGACCCUGGGAUCAUGACCUGAGCUGAAGGCAGACACUUAGCCAACUGAGCCACCCAGGUGUCCCUCAGUCCACAUACUUUAUUCAACAUUUAAGAACUCAUAGUGGGGAAAAGCCAUAUAUAGAUGAGGAAUGUGGGAAAACCUUUACUACUUCAUGCCUUACAGAAUGCGUAAGAUUUCCCUCUUGAGCGAAGCUUACGCUUGCAAAGAAUAUGGGAAAGCCUUUAAUACUUUCUCUUAGAAAACACAUACUAAUUCAUAGUGAAGGUAACCUUAUUAAUGAGGAAUGUAGGAAGGCUUUAGCUCUGCCUUAUACUUUACUAUUCAGCUCUGAUUUCACAGGUAUGAAAAAUCUUAUAAAUGUAAAAAGUGUAGGAUUUUUUUUAAUUCUUAUCCCCCAGUUUGGGAAAACAUGAAAGCACACAUUAGGAGAGAUCCCAUGAGUGAAAGGGAUAUAGGAAAGCCUUUGAUUAUUCUUUGUUAUUAGGAAACAUAAUUCACACUGGAGAGGAACUGUAAAUUAUAAAUCUAGAGAAGGUGGAAAAGACUGUUAAUUUAUAUUACGUGUAAUAAAUCACAUUGGAGAGAUUCUGUGUGAGUGUAAAAACAGUGCUUUCAGUAAAUAUCUUACAUAUUUUUUUAUAAAAAUUGAAGUGCUAAAAGGGUUUUUUAAAUGAAAAACCUUUGUUACAAAAGGUUUUUUGUUUUGUUACAAAAGAUUUAUGAAUAAAACCUAAAAGUGUAAGAAAUUUGGGAAAGUUUUAGAGUACAAAUCUUCACUUACUGCAUACAAAAAAGUUGAUACUGGAAAAGAAAACCAUUUUUACUUAAAUGGGUUGUCUCUGUGUGUGUGUCUUAAAGUAGACCAAUAGUUUUAAAGACCAGUGAUGUUGAACAUCUUUUCACAUACUUGUCAUCCAUUUAUCUUUGGUGAAAUGUAUGUUCAAGUAUCUUUUUUCUUGUUAGAGUCUGGUUUGUUAUUACUGAGUUUGGUUUUCUUAAUGAACAGAUUUAUUGAGGUAUAAUUACCAUGCAAUAAACUGUACAUAUUUUAAGUGUA